UCUCUAAUACGUCAGCUUGAUACAUCCAAGUCCGACUGGACAAUCAAAGUUCGUGUUACACGCCUCUGUGAUGUCAUCAAUCACAAAAGACAAGGAAGCUUAAUUUGUCUAGAAAUGGUUCUGAUCGAUGAAGAGGGUGAUUAUGUUCAUGCAUCUAUAAAAAGUGGAUAUGUUCAUACAUUACGUCCCAAAAUAAAGGAAGGAAUGAUACACAUCAUAAGAAACUUCUCAGUGCUUCCAAAUAAAGAAGAGUAUCGUGUUGUAGCCGAUAAUAAAAUCAUGAUACAAUUCUUUCAUAACACUAUCAUCAAAGAAGUCAAAGGAGAAGCAAUUGAAGUGCCAAAUUAUAAAAUCAUGUUAAAUGCCUCUUCAAAUAUUCAUAACAUUUGUUUUAACUGUGCAGGAAACUUAUGUUUAUCAACAUCCCCCUCAAGCCUGGUUUACAUAGAUCUUGAUAUUGAUGAGUGCAAUAAGUUGAAGACCCUUUGGAGUGCACACUUUUUGGGUGAGCCUAUCAACCACCACCCAUACCGCAUAAAAUGAUAUUUGCAAACAGUCAGAAUCAACUACAAUGAUCAAUUUAGUAUUAUUCUUAGAUUAUAG